ACAUGGAUAUUUCGAAUUGGCGAAGAGAGAAAGAGAGAGAGAGAGAGAGAGGUGGGAGUGAGGAGGCAGGAGAGGAAUGGGAGGAGGAGAGAAGCAUUCACCAGGGAAUCCCAGGCAAAGCUCAGGGGAAGAGGGCAGUCGACAGCCAACCAGGAACUACCAACGACACAGCUAGUCCAGAAAAAUGUCAUGCUACCUCAGAGCUCUGGGCUCUGUGUUUCUACACCUACGCAGCCUCUCUCUCUUUCUCUUUCUCUCUCUCUCUCUCUCUCUCUCUCUCUCUCUCUCUCUCUCUCUCUCUCUCUCUCUCUCUUUCUUUCUUUCUCUCUGUUUUCCCUUCCUUCACCCUAUAUCAUGUAUUUCACCCGUUUGCGCUGAAGUCUCCCUACUCUAAGGGUUGCUUCAGACUAUACGCAUGCGCAUAAUGUUCAACAUCGCUUUACUCUCGAGCUUUUUCACCUCUUCUUCUCCCUCUCCCACUUCCCCUCCUCUCUCUCUCUCGCUCUCUCGCUCUCUCUCUCUCUCUCUCUCUCUCUCUUUCUCUCUCUCUCUCUCGCUCUCUUUCUCUCUACGCAAAUACGAUGGACGAAACUUCACGCGCUUUCUUCGAAGAUUAUCUCGCGCAUCUGCAAAAGACGCAGACGGUAAUCUGUAAAUUGUAUCAGUGAUUCUCAAAUACUUCUUCCACGUUCAACAAAGAUAUCGUAUUAAUUUGUUAAAUCGAAAAUCUCUAAUUCAUUAUUUUAAACGAGCUUCAAAAAUAAUAGGGUUGUAAAAGAAUAUUUUAAAAAAUAAAAUUUAAUAAUAAUUUCUAUAUUAAAAUAUAGAUUCUAGAUAGGAAUGAAAUGGUUUGUCAAAAGGAUCAGAAGUCCAUUAUAAAUAUUCAAAAGGGUUCGAGUAAUAGAAUAGCUUUAGGACAACUAAUCCAAAGAAAAGACAUAUGUUCAAGUCUUUACACGUGUAUACUUAAUCUGUAUAUUUAAUCUUCGUAACUCGAUCUACGAGAUUUAUCAGGAAAGAGUCAUUAAAGGUGAUACGAUCGAAUGGUCUAGCAACGACAUACUGAUCAAAACUUCGUCCAUUACUUUACAUAUUAUUUUUACUAGAGUCAGAUGAAAGUGAAGAAGGUAAUAAGUUCGUACCCUAUUUAUCUAUACCUACAUUUUAAGGGACACGCAGAUGAUUUACAAAAGGAAAUAAUCUAGAUAACGGAUAGCAUAGAGGUUCAUGUAUCGAUUUAACAGAACCAAGGAAACCAUCGUUGAUCCUGGGUGGACAUAGUGUCGCCAAGUCUGUUUGCUCGCGUAGUCCAGUUCGGUAUAGGAGACUCUCGACAACAACUGCCAAAAUGUCCAAUGGUGAAGAAACUGGUACGUACGCACGCUAUCGUAACUUUUCCGAGAUUAUGAAAAUUCGAGCUUCAAUCGCAUGUUUCGUGACGGGCACCAUAACACGUACUCCUUCACCUAUCUAUUCUUCUCCUGUUCGAUGAAAAUAAGGAAGGAAGGAAGGAUCUCAGAUGGAAUUCUUAGCUAGAAGAGAUCGAUCGAAUUGAAGAGAAAGAGGGAGAGAGUGUGAAGCCGUCGAGAGGGUCACGCGAGGAGGAUCAUCGGUUGAUACGGUCACGUGCUCCACCCAUUGCACCCUGACAUUUGGCAACUACUUUCGCUCGUGCAUACAUAGUGAUGAAAUAUCCACGCAAAUAUUGCCGACGAAAUUGUUCUAUCAAAUCUUCGAGGUCUAAACCUCGAGUUUUGUAUUGCUAAAAUAAUUUUAGAUUGUUAAUGAUAAAACCUGACAUCCAGAAUAGCUUCAUUUAAGAUAUAAACAAUCUUUUGUAAAUAAUCAAGAUAGAAAGUUUAAAAUUGGUAUAAUACACGCGAUCCUAUAUCAAAUGCCAUACAGUUUUGUGAAUUGAUCUAAAUUCUUUGAAAAUGUAAAAAUACUUAUCGGGAAGUAUUGCUUGAUUUCUACGAAGACGAAGUCACCGUCCAGCCAUAUAACAUUAUAUCAAAUACGUAGAUGUUAUCGUACCUUUUUAGCUUUCUUCGUGAAUUAUUGACAAUUGUAUCGCGAGGUCUUGACGCAAGAAUGCUAUAACCCAACGAACUACCCUUAGCUCUUCCUAUUUCCUCCGUCAAGAUUACAGACACUGACCUCAAACAUUAUCGUCAUCGACCGUAACAUUUACGUCUCCUAUUAUUCGAUAGAAAUAGAUUGGCGAUUCCUGUGUCUAUAUUCUAAUGAUAGAUUCUUUUCUAAAUAGAAAUAGAAUUUUCAUUUCAAUUUUUUUUUAUAAGAUAAAAUAAAGCCAGACUUGAAUAUUGAUAUGAAAAUUUUUAUUUCCAUUUCGAAGAAGUUAUUAAAGUUAAAUGCAUUCCUAAUAUUAAAAGUUUACGAUUGAAUUUCAAUAAUCUAUGGUUCUUUGAACCUGAUGACUCGAUUAUACGAUAUAAAACUAUAAUUUGGUGUAUUUAAAUCGUUCCUACACAAUAAUCCUCUUAAAACUUGAAAACGUUUUAAACAAAGAAAUAACUUCGAAUCACGAAAACAUGUAUCUCUCACAUACUCCAUCGUCUCUCCAUUCAAUAGCUUCUUCUCCUUUCUAUCGCUAUGAUUAGGAUCGUCGUAAAUCACGUGACUUGGAACGACUUUUACUUUAACCUUCUCACCAAGAAACAAGAUAGCCCCGUCGAGAGGUCUCGAACGAGAAAGGAGAUCGGUUGACGCUUGGCAGCCACGCGAGAAUCCAUGACGGAAUGAUCCGCCCUGACUGGAAUCACCCACGCGAAAUCACGAACUUACCAGAUUCUUUUUUUGGUAUAAGCACGAACACGAGAGGCAACGUGAGGAUCAGCCGUUUAGCUUGAAAUCCAAACUGAGAUCGGUGUUUCUUGUUAUCACGUAGAUUGGUAGGUAGGCGGGUAACACCUAGCAUGCUUUUCGAGUUGCUCGAAACGUUCAGUCUCUCGCUGUGUCUGCUACCAGCUGGAUAACCUUAACAGAGCUUAUUCGCGCGGCUAAUGGCCUUUCACGGGGAAGGACGCGACCCUUUAGAGCACACCAGUCUUUAUCAAAGAGCCGAGAGCGAGGACAGUGAUGCCGAAGGUGGUUUGGGAAACGUAAAUAAACUUGUAAUACGUCCACCCGGUCACAGUGGAAAAGCAAAGAAGGGACACAUCUGUUUCGAUGCCUCAUUCGAAACCGGUAACUUGGGCCGAGUGGAUCUCGUUUCAGAGUUCGAGUACGAUCUCUUCAUAAGACCGGAUACCUGCAGCCCACGGCUUCGCUUGUGGUUUAACUUCACCGUUGACAACGUAAGAUCCAAUCAACGUGUUAUAUUCAACAUAGUGAACAUAUCGAGGAGCAUGAAUCUCUUUCGAAUUGGUAUGGCGCCAUUAGUUAAGAGCAACGGAAGACCAAAAUGGCAAAGGAUACCACGGGAUCAGCUUUUUUAUUAUAAAUCACCGCAACAUCAGAAUCACUACGUGCUUAGUUUUGCAUUCGCUUUCGACCGAGAAGACGAGGUCUACCAAUUCGCUUUAACUUAUCCGUAUUCUUACAAUCGGUACCUCGGACAUUUGAAUAAUCUCAGCACCAGAAUAGCUUAUGUUCACAGAGAAACUUUAGCUACAUCGAUUCAAAAGAGGAAGGUCGAACUAAUCACCAUAAAAUCCGAUACGGAUGACGAUAAGGAAUUAGCAAGGAAAGUAGUGGUGAUUCUUGCGAGAAUUCAUCCAGGCGAAUCACCGUCCUCGUUUGUUUGUCAAGGACUCAUGGAUUUUUUAGUCAGCACUCAUCCGAUCGCUCAGGUACUCAGGCAUUACGUGAUAUUUAAAAUUGUGCCAAUGAUCAAUCCCGAUGGAGUUUUCUUCGGUAAUUACAGAUCUACUUUGAUGGGCAUGGAUUUGAAUCGAAAUUGGAAUCGUAUAUCAGAAUGGAUCCACCCAACACUAUCGGCAACCAAAUCCAUGUUAGAAUCUUUAGAUAAGAACACGCAUACGCCAUUAGAUUGCGUUUUAGAUCUACAUGCACAUACAAACGCAACGGGAGUCUUUGUUUACGGGAACACGUACGAAGACGUAUAUAGGUACGAGAGACACAUUGUUCUACCAAAGUUGCUCGCUCAACACACGGAGGACUACGAUCUAGGAAACACGAUGUAUAAUCAAGAUCCUCACAAAGCUGGAACAGCACGUCGAUAUCUAUGUUCCAUUCUAAAAGAACACGUCAAUUGCUAUACCGUACAAGUAUCAAUGUAUGGCUAUUAUAAGAAGGGAACACCGGAUAUUUUACCAUAUACAGAAGAGAGUUAUUACAGACUCGGUCGAAAUCUCGCACGAGUAUUUCUGGAAUAUUACAAGUUAACCGGUUUGAUACCGUGUGGACUUCCAAAUCAACCAUCGGAUAAGCGUAAUCGACGAUCUCGUCAGAGUCAUCAUGUAUCAAGGCAGCCACGUUCUAGAAUGGCCAGAACACCAGCUCCUUUGCAUCUAGCAAGCAUUCACGAUUAUUUCCGGGAGGACACAGAGCCGCUCCCGAACGCUUGUUACCGAUCGAUGAGUGGCACGCGUAUGAGCCGGGCUGAAAUUGCGAUUGGAACUGGAACCGAAAGCGGAAUUGGAAUAGGAAGUGGAAGUGGAACGACGGGCGUCGACGAGUGCAGGUACCAGAGCUACAGGUUCCGGAGCCCCGGGGCACCGCUCGACAGGGUGCAAGCUCCGACAAGACGACCCACCGAGCCGAGGCUUACCAUUAUCGAUUUCAAUCAGCUGACAAGAGGCGGUUUGGAACUGGCCAUGAGUAAGAACAAGACUAAUCGUCAUCGCGGUCGCUUUAUGCUCCGGUGAUAAAAAUAUGAAAAGAAAUCAAAUUUCGUUUUCUCGUCGACUCGCUUCAACGUAUCGCACGUUACAACGAUAUUCCCAUCUUAUCUGCCGUCUUUCCUUAACAUAAUAAUACCUUUAAUACCAUUUUUAUAUCCAUAUUAUACAUGUGAUUAAAAAAAAAAAUUAUAGAUUACAAACUUACAUUGUACUGAGGUAUUUGAUAAUAAAUCAUGAUCACGUUUUAACA